CUCCUUGAUUUUAAUUUUAAAUUUGAGAAAAAGAUAAAAUCUUCCUAACUAACCUGACUAUAAUUAUAAUUCCAUUUGUUUUGAUAAUUAUAAUUUAAUAAUUUAUUUAUUGGUAUUAAUUAUAGGUAUUAAAAUUAUAGUAAUGUCAAAAUAUGAUGGAGCAAGCCAAAGUGCAAUUUACUUCUCGGUUGCUACUCACAUCUUGCAUUGAAAAUAAGGAUGAGUUGGAAGAGAAAUUCGAGCGUUGUUACUUAGUAUUGCAGAAUUUGAGCACUGGUCUAUCAGAAAAAGAUAUUCAUGAUAAUCUGAGUAAUGCUGUUUGUAAAGAUAAAACUCACGAGGAAGUAUGUUUAGGAUUUUUGAUGGCAAUACUUACUGAACCUCAAGAUGCUUCUAAGCAUUAUAGAGAUCUAACGCUUGUAAAUCGUGAUGGUUUAACUGUUAUCCUAGCUCACCUAAAUCAGAUGGUACUUGAAAAAUAUCUUCGGCUAAAUGAUCUUGCAAAAAGUCAACUUUUGUGGCUACUUCGUGAAAUGAUAAGGACUAGUGUCACAAAUGUAGAUAAUCUUUGUUUAAGUUUGUUAAGACAUGCUGCUGGCGGAGAUAUCUCACAGCGCAACAUUUUUCUAAUUGAUGCUUUAUUAGAUAUAUUUCAAGAAAAUAGAUCUUGGCUGGAUAAAUUUCCAUUCUUAGUUGCUUCAGUAAUAUAUACUUAUUUACGAUUAAUAGAAGAUCACAGUGCUUCACAUUUAACAAAUCUGAGACAAAAGGAAAUAACUUUUAUAGUAUCUUUGAUAAGAGAAAGAAUAACAGACUGCUUAGUUAUAGGCAGGGAUUUAGUUCGACUCCUUCAAAACGUUGCUAGAAUACCAGAAUUUGAAACUCUGUGGAAAGAUUUGCUUCUUAAUCCAAAAUCAUUAAAUCCAAAUUUCACAGGUAUUUUGCAGUUGUUACAAACACGAACUUCUAGAAGAUUUUUACAAUCACGACUAACACCUGAUAUGGAGAGAAAACUGGUUUUUUUAACAAGCACAGUGCGAUUUGGGAAUCAUAAAAGGUACCAGGAGUGGUUUCAAAGACAAUAUCUUGCAACACCAGAAUCACAAACUUUGCGGUGUGACUUAAUAAGAUUUAUUGUUGGUGUUAUACACCCUACUAAUGAGCUUCUGUGCUCAGAUAUAAUACCCAGAUGGGCUGUUAUUGGAUGGCUCUUUACAACUUGUACUUUACCUGUAGCAGCCAGUAAUGCAAAGCUUGCCUUAUUUUAUGACUGGUUGUUCUUUGAGCCAGAUAAAGAUAAUAUUAUGAAUAUAGAACCUGCUAUAUUAGUAAUGCAUAAUUCUAUGAGAUCACAUCCUGCUGUUACAGCCACACUAUUAGAUUUUUUGUGUCGAAUAAUACCAAAUUUUUAUCCUACUCUAGAGGAUAAAGUAAAGAGUGGUAUUUUUUCUUCUCUUCGUCAAAUAUUAGAAAAACGAGUUUUACCAAGUUUGUAUCCAUUAUUCGACAGUCCUAAAUUAGAUCGAGAACUAAGGACUAAAAUCAGAGAAACUUUUAAAGAAUUUUGUUUACCACCCAAUGCAGAUAUAGGAAAAAUAGAUGAACUACAUAAAGAAUUAUGUACCGAAAUUAUUUUUGGGGCAACUGAAAAUUCAGUUAUUGAAGAUCAUUUGUGUCAAACGGAACCACUGUUUAGUGAUGAGGAGGAAGACACCCAAGCACCCAUCAUACCUAUUACCAAACUAGAACCAAUUUCUGAAAAUGAAAACAUCUAUUUAGAAAUAGCGAAAGUAAAGAGUAACAAUUAUAAAAAGAUAACUACUACGAAAAAAGACAAUUCAUUGCCAUUCAACAUCACAUUGGAAUCUGAAGAAUUAAGAUCCGUAAUAGAGAAUUUGUAUUUUGAAAUUGAUAAUGAAACUAGAUGUCAAGUUAUGGAGAGAAUUGUACAAAUGGUUGUGGAAGACGAAAUUGAUACCGAUGCAAUAUCUAAUUUGGCAUCUUACCUCUCAACAAUAUUAUCAGAACAAAUAAAUUCUGACAUAUUUCCAACAGAUCAUUCGAAUGAUGAAGCAUUUAUGGACAGUAUAAGCACGCCGCUCUUUGUGAUGUUUCGUAAUCAGUUUCAAUUAUGCAAGGAAGAAGAUAAUAGAAAGAAGUUAUUAGCACGAGUUAUAGCGGAGAUGCAAAUAGUUCAGCCAAAAAUUGGGUACUUACUAUUAUAUUUUCUCAAAGUGUGGGGAAAAGAAGAAGAAAAACGAGAAGUAGAAUUAUGUAAUAUUCUCAAUGAGAUGAAAGCUGCAGUAUAUAAAGAUUUCUGUUCACAACGAGAAGAAAAACUUGACGCUUGUUUGAUUUUCGAUCUUAAAGUAUGUAUUUGAAUAUAUAUAUAUAUAUAUAUAUAUAUAUAUACAUCUAUCUACAAAUAUACAUAUAUAUACGCGCGGGCGCGUGUAUGUGUGUGUCCACUACCCCCUUCCUUUUUACACUCCUCCACCAUUCUGCCCAACCUCUCUAUAGCUCUUUUAUAGUUCUUCCAAGCCUGUAUAAUUUUAUUAACAUUUAAUAAUUAUGUUACAGUAUUUUUUUCACAAUACCACAAAGAUGAA